AUUAGUCUUUUGUUGACAUCAUGAGAGGACCACGCCUACUUACAUAAACAUUACUCAGCAAAGAAGCUUACACAGUAUAGUAGAAAGGACCGGCUAUAUAUAUAUUAUUAUACUCGAGGUGGAUAUGUCUCUCAGUGACAUCAAGAAGAAGCUCAAAGGGUAUCGCUAUGCAGACCAAACUGCCAGGGAUGCUCACGCACUCAUUGAAAACUUCCGGAAUCUGAAAGUCAGAGACAUAAAACCAUUCGUUCACGGUAAUGGCAGUAAGGAGAACUGCGUGUCAGUGAGUGGGACCAUACCAGUCCAAAUCAGAGGGACUAAUUACAAUAUUCCCGUGUCUAUUUGGCUGCGUCCCACUCAUCCAUACAACUGUCCCAUGGUCUACGUGACCCCCACGGAGGACAUGGGCAUACAACAGUCACGCUAUGUGGACGCGAGUGGACUCGUCUACCUGCCCUACCUCAGCGAGUGGAAACAGAACUCUUCUGACCUCCCCACUCUCACUCAAAUUUUGUGUGCCACAUUUGCCGAACAUUGUCCCGUGUACAGUAAGAGGAACGUUCCCCAGCAGCAGCAACCGACGCCUCAGUCAGGUGGGUGGGGUCAGCCAAACCGUCCCGUACAGCCACCCAGCACCUAUGCCACACCCUCUAACUUCCCCACCCCCCAGCCGUACGGAAACACUCCUCCCAGAGGACCGUAUCCUGGUCAACAUUCGCAGUCUAGCUACCCCCCACAGCAAACCCCCUACCCUUCAGGGGGUCAGACGGGCAUGCCUACCCCCUACAAUCCUCCUGGAGGCUACCCAUACCAUCAGGGAGCAGCAUCACAGCAAACACCGUACCCCCCUCAAGGUCAGUACGGUAGUGUUCCCUACUCCCAGUCGCACCAGCCAGGACAUACCGGCUCCACCUCCAGUAUCCAGUCCCCCCCGGCCACUGCCGUAGGGUCUAGCUUUGUCACUGCCGUCCCUCAUAGAACUCCCUCAGCCGAAGAGGAGCGUAAACAGAUGGAGGAGCAUGAGCGAAUCAAACGACAGAGUUUAGAGUCAGCUGUCGAAGAUAAGAUACGCAGACAAGUGAAACAAGUGCUGGAUGCUGCACAGGUAGAAAUGGACGGGAUGAUGGCUACACAGGAGAAGCUGAAGAAAGGAAGUGAAGAAAUCAAUAAAAUGAUGGACGACAUGGGACAGAAAAGGCGAGAGGUGGAUGAGAGCAUCGACCUGUUGCGUAACAAGAAGGCAGAGCUCAUGUCCCUCCUGGACUACCUCCGAGCACAACCUGAGACGGUGGACGUGGAUGAUGCUGUGAUGGCUACAAACCCUCUCUACAAUCAGAUACUGCGUUUGUAUGCUGAGGAGAAUGCGAUCGAUGAUACCAUCUAUUAUCUUGGAGAGGCCCUCAGGAAAGGAGUCAUUGAUUUGGAUGCUUUCCUGAAGCACGUUCGUGAGUUAUCACGACAACAAUUUAAAGAUCGGGCUACCAUAAUGAAAGCUCGUACAACAGCAGGACUUGCCCAACACGGAGUGCCUUCUUGAACUAUGACCUUUAAAAUUAUGUUGAACCUCCGUUAAAUAUCUUAUUCGCACAAAAUUAAAUAGAUAAAUUCGUGUGUAUGUAUGUACAUUUACGUUAAUUAUGUUAAGUUUUAUGUUGGAGCUGUGUAAAUAAUUAUAUUAAAUUAUUACACAAAUAAUUAUUAUGUUGUAUA